AUGCAAGUUCAACAACGGGAAAGGGAUCACAAUCCACAAGAGGUUCAAAAGGUGGCGGCGAUCGUUGGUGCAAAAGAAGAACAUAGAGAAGUUGAUGAAAUGCAAGGCGUUUCAAUGGACGAAGCCAGUAGUCCGAUCGAAGAUAGAGAUUGUGGAUCAUCAAUCUCAACUGCUUCUUUAUCCGAGCCAAUGCCACACACAUUGAAUCAUUCCUAUUCAUCCUCUCACAUGUCACAGUACUCCCCAACAUACAAACAUCUUCAUCCUGUCAACAAUUUGGCUUAUACCCAUGAUGAAGAAGGUAUGCAAUACGCUUCUCUCGAAGACCGCUUUCCAUUCUUGAAGGAUGAUCGUAAACGAACGAGAAAGUUACUCUCUCCUGAACAAACGCGGAUUUUGGAAGCAAUUCUUGAAAGGACCAUAUAUCCUUCCACUCCUUUGCGUGAGGCAGUUGCACGUACUUUGGGUAUCCCACCAAGAAAAGUGCAAAUCUGGUUUCAGAACAAACGUCAAGGCAGACGCCGUAUUCCCGGACAAAGUGAAGGAGAAGAAGAAACGGAAAUGUCACGCACGAGUAGCGGAAACGAAACAAGGAUGGCAAAUGAAGAAAGUGAAGAAGUUGACGAUAAACGUCAAAUAACCAAUACCGGAAAUGCUCCUGCACCUCAAGCUCGUGAAAGAUGCAUGGAAGUUCAAUCAGCCGCUGAUGAUAUGCGUUUAGCAAGAUUGAGGGAUGAAUUCGGACGUCAAUUUGCCGAAUUGAAAAUUGCACCUGCUUAUUGUGAUGGUGAUAUGUAUCCUGCUCCUCAUUUGGGUCAAUUUGAACGUUAUGGCGGUGCUCAAUCACAAAGUGGUGACAGUUAUGAGCAAAGACACUUGAAUUCCGCUUUGCCUUCUCCUGCAAGUGCACCACCUCACAGUGGAAACUAUUCAGAGGAUGACUAUGCAUCACAACGUAGACAUACGAUUCCAAUGCAACACCAUCAUCAACAUCAACAACAGGCAGCAUACCCUCAUCGAACGGAAGCAGAAAUGCAACAUCGUUCAUGGCAAAUGGGUCAUGGAUCGGGUAAUUGGUAUGGAAGUCAUAUGAGCAGAUCACCUCUUUGGGAUCGAGGAACGGAUCAUAGACAAAACCAUGAAGGAUUUCCGUUUGAAAUGCGUCAUCCAUCGAAUGAUCCAAGAGAUGCCCCUGUUCCACGCCAUGAGCAUGUUCAAAUGGUUGGUGACCGUCAUAUUGCACAACACCACAUGCACAUGCAAAGAACUCCUUCUCAUGGACCCCAUCCAGGACAAGUACGCAUUGCUGCUGCUGCUGCUUAUCAUCAUAGAUAUGCAAACAGUCAUGCUGAUAUGAUGGCCUAUCGAUCGGAACACGAUAUGGCAUACGAGGCUAGACGAAGAGGUUUAAGUACUGCUCCCCAUUCAGCACCUUAUCCUCUUCUUCGAUCGUAUAGCCACAAUAAUCCCUAUGACCGUUCGCAUGCCAUCACUGCAUCCGAGUCGAUGCAUCGAUCAUUCACUUCACUCCCGCAAGGCCUCUAUCCUCCUCAUGCAACAUGGAAUGCAACAAGAACAAAUAGCUUUGGAAGUCAUGGAAUUCGUUAUCAGAUGCCACCACCCCUUUCUCCAGCAGAAAGACCGCAUACCCCUGGUUCAUCACGUAGCCUACGUUCUUUCUUCCCUGAUAAUGCAGGCAAUCAUCGUGAUCAUCCAAGCACUUCGCCACAUAGACUACAAUCGAAAGAUCGAUUUGGCAGUGGUGGUAGCAUCCAUCAAAUCAGUCCAACGAAGGAUAAACGUGCAUCUUUGAACGAACAAAAAGUUGAAGCAAAGAUUAACGAAGAAGCAAAGGAAGACGAUGGACGUAUCAAUGAUGCAUAUGAAAAAGCAAAAAAGAUUGAUUCGAUGCCACCUGCUGAACAAGUAAGAAAGACGGACGUACCUGAAAGUACAUGCAGGAUUGCAUCUUUGGCUGAUGUUGCUCUACGUCAUAAGUCUCGUUUGCCACCUUUGCGUAUUCCUUCUUCGAUGAACAACUUCAAAGAUUCGAUGAACGAAAAGAGCGAUGGCAGCAGCGGUAGCAAGGAUGACGAAAAGAUGAGCAUUGCCAAAGAAGAUCGUCCAAGCCUUCGUCAACUUCCAAGAAGUCUAUCGAGCGAUGAUAUUCGUCCGGCAAAAAUGGAAAAAUCUUCACCGAUGGCAUUGGAUCCAACACCAUCUUCACCACAAAGUGCACGUGAAAUGCGAAUGGCUUCUCCUUCCAAUUCUCAUUCUCCCGUUACGCCAACCAAUCGUCAAGCGGAAAUCAAUCCAUUUGCAAAAUCAACAAACGUUCUCGGAGGAAAUGAUCGUCAAGAAGUCUUGCCGAGUAUUACCGAAUUGAUGCAUUCAUGA